GCUUGUUUCCUUCCAGACCUAUUUUCUGGUUACACUGUAUCAUAUUCAAUAACUUUAGAGCUGUGCCUGUUGUCUCAUCAUGCACUGUUGUUUAUUACGAUCUUUCAACAUAAAUGGGAAUAAACUCAAUCAUCAUCUCGCCAGAGCGUCAUUCUCUCAAAAUCCACAGUCAUGGCAUCCAUCAGCAAAGUUUGCCAGCAGCUCUGCACACCCCUGCACACAUACAGGUGGCUGGUGGCGACCCAUCACACAGCUGCCAUCAUCAUCAUCAAAGCGCUGUAUGAGCUCUAGGAGACGCCUGCCAAGUGCAUUUCCAGUUCUAGAUGGAGCAUUUCUUCCUGCUGUCAGACACGUGUAUGAAGCCAAUCUAAGGAACAGCCUCGUCUGUCAGCAGAAAUACUUCGAGCACAAGGAGAAGGUGAUGAAGGGUGGUGGUGAAAACGCUAUAGCGCGGCACACACAGAGGAAUCAAAAGGUUCUGGUACGAGAACGACUACGCAUGUUGCUGGAUGAUGAAGAUUAUCUAGAGCUCUCGCCUUUUGCUGGACUCGGCCUGCCUUAUGGAGACAUACCAUCAGCUGGAUGUCUUACAGGAAUUGGUAAAAUUAAUGGACUUUGGUGCAUGUUCAGCGCGAAUGACGCCACGGUGAAAGGUGGUACAGCGUAUCCCAUCACUGUCAAAAAACAGCUCCGGGCACAAAUUGUGGCUAUGCAGAAUCGCUUGCCUUUCGUUUACUUGGUGGACAGUGGUGGAGCAUUUUUACCUCUUCAGUCAGAGAUCUUUCCUGAUAAAAACCAUGGAGGACGCACCUUUUACAAUGAAGCAAUUAUGUCUGCGAUGAAGAUUCCUCAGGUGGCAGUGGUGUGUGGGUCGUGUACAGCUGGUGGCGCUUAUGUACCCACUAUGUCUGAGGAGGCGGUGAUCGUACACAGGAUAGGAACUAUAUUUUUGGGAGGUCCACCGCUGGUCAAGGCUGCCACCGGGGAGGAGGUUUCUCCAGAGGACCUAGGAGGAGCCAGACUGCAUUCAGAAGUGAGUGGCUGUGUAGACCAUUUUGCGGCAGUAGAGUCAGAGGCGUAUGAAUACACCAGAAACAUCAUCUCCACCCUCAACUAUGAGCUCCCAGAAGAGGACAGCGUUCAGGUCGAGGAGCCUCUGUAUAGCACAGAGGAGCUCAUGGGUCUUGCACCGCGGAGUUACAAUUACAGCUUGGACAUCAGACUGAUUGUGAGUCGACUGACUGAUGGAAGUCGAUUUCAGGAGUUCAAGGCCCGUUAUGGGACCACCCUCCUCACUGGGUUCGCCAGAAUUGAUGGACAUCAAAUUGGAAUUGUGGCAAAUAACGGAGAGCUGACAUACGAAGCUUCCCUGAAAGGCAGCCAUUUUGUUCAGCUGUGCGACCAGAGAGACAUUCCUCUCAUCUUCCUGCAAAACACGGCCCCAGAACCUGCACACACAACCUCCCAAACCAAGGCUGAGUCCAACACUAACAGACUGAAGGCUCAGGGGUCUAUGAUGUCUGCUGUGGCUUGCGCUUCUGUUCCCAAAAUGACUGUGGUUAUUGGAGGAUGCCAUGGAGGUGACAGCUAUGCUAUGUGCGGAAGGGCUUUUGACCCCAAUUUCCUGUUCUUGUGGCCCAAUGCAAGAGUGUCGAUUUUGGCCCCGGGCUACUCUGAGGAAUUUGUGCAAACUGAAGAGGAAAUCACACAGAUCAAUGAGAUGUUGGAGGAAGAAAGUUCAGCCUUCUUUUCCACUGGCAGACUGUGGGAUGAUGGCGUUAUUCUACCUCAAGACACUAGAAAGAUUUUAAGCAAGUGUCUGGAAAUCAUUAAGCAACAAGAGUAUCAACUAUCCAGAGAGAAAGUGAGGUCUCCUCUUCUCAGACUCUAACACUACAUUUGCAGAAGCCUUAAUGGAUGAGCUUGUUUAAGGUGUUUUAUUCAAAUAAUAAACUAAUAACUAAUAGCACAUAUCUUUAUUUUAAUAAAAAAUCUGCUUGUAAUUGCCAACAGUGCCUUAUGAUUGAUACAUAUGGCUGAUGUAAACUAAAUUGUACAUAUAGUGUACUUGUUAAUAAACAAUUGUUCAUAAAUGAAUUAAAAAGUU